AUGGAUUGCUAUGAAGAUGAUCCUUCGUAUUUUACUUUUUUCUUUGAUACUAGCCGACGAUUAAGCUGCUAUUUGGCACCAGAAAGAUUCUGCACCAGUCAAGAAUUGAAUUUACAUCCAAAUCUUCCUGGUGAAUUCAUGGAUGUUUCUAAAGGUCUUACGCAUGCAAUGGACAUUUUUUCGCUGGGCUGUGUUCUUGUCGAACUGUUCACUGAAGGCCAAUGCCCAUUCACUUAUGAGUUGAUUGUAAAGUACAAACAUGCAUCUUAUGUGGAGGCGCAAAUUAUCAUUCAAAAAAUACAAGAGCAAAUGCCUAAAGAAAUGCGUCGUUUGAUUGGUUUGAUGCUUCACCGAAACCCUGCUAAAAGACCUAGGGCAUCAGUUUUGCUUCGAAAGUACUCGCUUAUGUUUCCAUUGAUAUUCGAUCAUUUUCUAUAUGAUUAUAUUAAUGCUUUUCGGCCAAAGUAUAUACCGACAAUUGUGUCGCUUGAAGAACCACAGACUGCAGAAUUAAUGGAAUCCGAUGAUGUUAUUGCAAAGUUAGUAUCUGAUCUAGAACCAACUAUGGAAAGAUUCUCAAAACACUGCUCUGUUGUUGGAAAGUCAAACGGCAAAGUGUCUGCAGUUGUUCUCAUUGUUUCAUUGAUAACAUCAAAUAUGCGCACAUUGAGAUCCUCAUCUGCCAAAUUUGAUGCUAUGAAGUUAUUACAUGAGUAUGCACCACUAACUGACCCAUCAGUUAUUACUGAUCGUAUGUUGCCUUACUUGAUCGAUAUGCUGUCAGACAGUAUGAUUCAAGUUAAAUGUGAAGCUAUCCAUUCAGUCACCGUACUACUUUCAUCAUUUGUCGUUAUCCCGCCUAACGAAACUCGAUUAUUCAUAGACUACCUUUUCCCAAAACUUAAAUUUGUUUCCAUAGACAAGAAUGAUUUGGUUCGGAUGACUCUUGCACAGAAUUUGGGUGAUUUAGCUGAAACUUCUUUCAGAUUUAUUCAUGAAGGUCGCAAAAAUUUAUCUGAUGAAUUGUUGGGUGGAUCACUGAUCACAGAAAUGGAUGAUAGAGAACGAGUAGAGCAACUUGCAAGGCAAGAAAUGAGGGCACUUGAACAAACAGUUAUUGAUAUCUUUGUCAAUUUAUGUGAUUCCGAUAACAGUGUCAAGCAUAGUAUUGUGACGUCGCAGUCGUUGAUAAAAUUGUGUCAUUUUUUUGAUCCUACAGAUGUAUUACUGUCACAUUUGAUCACAUUUUUAAACGACAAAGUUGAUUGGCGUCUCCGAGCGUCGUUUUUUGAAUGCUGUCCCAUUAUCGCUCGUUUCGUUGGUCGUCAAAGUACUUAUAUUUUGAAAUCACUCUUAGAGCAGGGUUUACAUGAUUACGAGGAAUUUGUCCAACUGCGAACUUUAUAUUGUAUAUGCAGACUUUGUGAACAGGAUUUACUAGAAAAACCUGCUGUGUUCCAAUUACUUGCUGAUAUCGUGCCAUUUUUAGCACAUCCAAAUGAGUAUCUGCGAAUGGCAACACUGAAUAUUUUAUGUGAAUUAGAUGCAAAAUUUGGUGUGGCAGAUGUUUUAUGCAAAAUUAUGCCUGUAGUUGAACCAUUUAUAAAAGAGCGAUUGAUAAGGUUGCGGAACAAGUUUGUAAUUGUUUCUGCCUUAAAACCAUAUAUCCCGCGCUUAAUUUGGAAUUAUGUAGUGAAUGUUUCACCCGUCAAAUCGUUAAUCAGCUUCAUAGCUGAUAAACAGAUGUACAUUGCACUAGAUGGUGGUUCUGAUUCGAUGUUUGCGACCAGCCGAAAAUAUCAUCCACUUCCGGCACAGUUGGAAUCAUGCUUAAAACAUUUAGAAAAUUUGGGAAUGGAUUCCAGUAUGGAACAUAGACUGAUUCGAUUUGAAAAUACCAUCACGAAAAUGAUUGAAUUCAGUGGCAGUUUGGGUGCUGCUACCUCAGAUCGAAAUUAUGGUGUCAUUGAUUUGGCAGGAACAGAUGUCAAGUUACAGAUAUACGAUCUUUGCAAUGAUCAAAAAACAGCAUGUAUCAAGAAUGUUCCGGCAAAUGGUCAGUAUCCUGUAGAAUGGAAAAACAUUUAUGAUGGAAUCAGUGCAUUUGUGCCAAAUUUUAUCAGCUCAUCAGAAUUACUCACAGUUCCAGAUACAACACCUGAGGGCGUUUUUUCAACAUCCGGAUUUUCAAAUCUUGGAGGAGACAAUUCAUCUGUACGUUCGUCAGCUUGGAAAGUUAUGUUGUCAGAGCUCUUAACUCACAAGCGAGAACGUUAUACAAAACGUCAACGAUUCCAUUCCAUCAUUUAUUCUGGAAGUUCUUCUGGUCAUUCAAAUUCUUCAGUGCCUUUACCAUCAGUACAUGUCGGGAGUAGUCUCAUUUCGCAUAUAAAUGAGCACAAGGCUGCUGUCAAAAAAUUGGCAAAAAAUCCAAAUGGUUUUUAUUUUGCAAGCGCAGCAGCUGAUGGUGCAAUAAAGUUGUGGUCUUUGAAUCGUAUACGAGGAGAUUUGAGUACAACUGUACGAGCUGAUGCUACAUUUUCAUAUGAAGGCCAAAAUAUCACCUCAAUACAGUUUUUGGGACCAACGGGGUCUCAUCUAGUUGUUGCCAGCAGAGAUGCUCUUGUUAACAUCUUGGAUGCUGAACGAAUGCAUAUUGCAGCGAAAUUUAAUUUUGAAAAAGAAGAAGGUCAUCCGGUGAAUAUCAUUGCUACUGACAAUCUUGUUUAUGUCCUUACUCAUCACAGUCAUAUUGUCUGUUUGGAUUACAGGAUGCCCAUAUAUACGAAGGCUCUUUGGGGGUGUAAGCCGAAAGUCGCAUGGCAAUAUCGAAUAAAGAAUGAGUAUGGUUUGAUGACUUCAUUUUGUGUUGAUCCAGUGAAUCAAAACUGGAUGUGCCUUACUUCAACAAAUCGUUACGCCAUUCUCUGGGAUCUUAGAUUUGGGAUUGAAGUUAACAGCUGGCCACAUCCUAAUAAGGUAUGUCGUAUGUUGCGUUGUUGGCCAGCAUAUCCGAACGAGCAUACUGAUGGUUCGUGUGCAGAAAUUUGGACAGCAUCAUCAUGUGCUUUCGAACUCUCACGAUGGAAACUAGAAACGGCUCAACGUACACAUGUGUUGUGGCCUGCAUCUGCCAUGGGUUUAAAACCUUUUCACUACUCAUCAAAGGAUAAACAUGUAACAGAAGCAUUAGUUAUAUGUCCAUUAACCGGUCGCAUUUUUACUGGAGAUAAUGUGGGGGCUAUACGCUCGUACAAUUUAUCAAAUCCGAACGAAUGCUUCUAUCUUUCUGGCCCACUUCGACGAACUUCAGAAACUGUUUCAUCUCUAGCCGAACAUUUUGCAUCUAUCCGUUACAACAAAUCUACCAUUGAUACAGUGGAAGUAAUAAGUGAAACUGUUACUGGAAAAAUCAAUGAACCAAUUUAUUCUGUAAAUCCACUGGAAGCUCAGCUGACGGUAUCCCAUAAGAGUUCAAUUACCGACUUACUUUGUUGUGGAGAGUAUUUGAUUUCAUCUUGUCGAGAUGGGGUGAUCAAGGUCUGGAAGUAAGA